GAAGAGUGGAAGAGGAACUACUCUCUUCAAACACAAACAGCAUGAAAGUUUCAACCUAUUUGCUUUACUUUAGACGUAUUUGAAAGUUUGUAACAAUUGUAUUUUCUUGAGUUAUGUUCAUCUGUAACUGCUUAGUUAAAGGAAAACUUUGACAGUCAAAAUCACUGGUCAAAACUAGGAAAUGUGGAGACAGCAGGUCAAACAGACGUGCAGCGAUGGAAGUGGAGCUUAGGACAAAGGCAGAUUAUGAACUGGAACAGUCGAGUUUAGAGGAAAAUAGUAAAGAAAAUAAUACUCGUGAUCCUGCUUUCGAUUCCAGAGUUCGACUUCAUAACUCAGAUGUUCAUCACACAGUGUUGAGUACCAAAGAUGCUCCUGAAGAAUGGAGGCCUUCUGUGGACCAGGAGGAUCCAGGCCCACUCCAUGUAAAGAAGGAAGAGGAGGAACUCUGGACCACUCUGGAGGGAGAGCCGCUCGGUUUGAUGAAGGAGUCUGUUUCCACCAGGUUUCCUUUAGCUGUUCACUUGAAAAGUGAGGAUGACCAAGAUGAAUCUUUGUUCUCACAGCACCAUGAACGCCAAAUAGAAGACAAAGGAUUGUCACUCGGCAGCUCAGCUGACUGUAUGACAUCUGCAACUGUUGCAGAGGACUGUGAAGAAGCAGAAACUACCAGGAACCCAGAUCUAAAUACUGAUGACAAUGAUUCCAACUCUUCAGAGACUGAAGUCAGUGAGGAGGAGGAGGAGGAUGACGACGACGACAAUGACGAUGACAGUGAAGAAGAUGAAGAGGAUGAUAUAUCAUUAAUUUGUUCUGAGUGUGGAAAAUCAUUUAUUAACAACCAGACUCUUCAGAGACACAUUACAAGUCACUUUAAAAGAAAGUCUUCAAGUUGUUCAGUUGAUCAAGAAUGUUUUGAAGUUAAGAAAAUUGUAGACUCUCGGAGGAAAGAUCAAAUAUUACUUGGCUGUAAUUACUGUGGUAAAAGUUUUAGUCAAAAAACGUAUCUAAACAGACAUAUGAGAAUACACACAGGAGAGAAGCCAUUUGGAUGUGAUGUUUGUGAACAAAAAUUUAGUCAAAAGCCAAAUUUAGACAGACAUAUGAGAAUACACACGGGAGAGAAACUUUUCAGCUGUGAUGUUUGUGGAAAACGAUUUGGCCACAAGACUACUUUAAAUGAACACAUGAAAGUCCACACAGGAGACAAACCUUUUGUUUGUGAUAUUUGUGGACAAAGCUUUAGCCAAAAGACAAAUUUAGACAGGCAUAUGAGAGUCCACACUGGAGUGAAAUCAUUUGGUUGUGAUGUCUGUGGGAAAACAUUUGGCCAUAAUACAACAUUAAAAGAACAUAUGAAAAUCCACACAGGAGAAAAACCAUUCAUUUGUGAUGUAUGCCAACAGAAGUUUAGCUGUAAGACAAAUUUGAACAAACAUAUGAGAAUCCACACAGGACAGAGACCGUUUGUUUGUGAUUUGUGCAGACGACGGUUUAUCAGUAAAUCAUGUUUAAAAACGCACAUGAUUAUUCACACAGGAAGUAAACCAUUCAUUUGUGAUUUUUGUGACCGCAGGUUUAGCCAAAAGUCAUAUUUAAACAGACACAUGGGAAUUCACUCAGAGAAACAGUUUAAAUGUGAUACGUGUGGUAAAAGAUUUGGUCGUAAGGCACACUUAAAGUCACACUUGAGAGUCCACUCAGAAGAGAAACUGUUUAGCUGUGAUUUAUGCGAACGAAAGUUUAAUCAUAAGACAAAUUUAGUCACACACAUGAGAAUCCACACCGGACAGAAACCAUUUAGCUGUGAUGUUUGUGCCAAAAGGUUUAGCCAAAGAGCACAUUUAAAGACGCAUAUGAGAGUUCACACAGGAGAGAGAAAGUUUAGUUGUGAUGUCUGUCUGAAAAAAUUUGGCCAUAAGGCUACUUUAAAUACACACAUGAAAAUCCACAUAAGACAUAAAUCUUUUGUUUGUGACAUGAGCACUGAUCUGAAAUGACAGGUAAAACAUUAUGCAUUGCGCUACUUC